AAAUCAGCAUAUCAAAGGAGUUGCAGCUUUGCGUUGGUCGUGUAAGGAAAAUGGCGAAUCGUGAUUCUGGAUUCAAUCCUGACCUAGCCCUCGCUCACAAAUUCCCCGAGACCAGAUAUACUUACAACGAAAGAGAUGUAGCAAUCUAUGCUUUGGGAGUUGGUGCGUGUGGAAGUGAUGCUGUUGAUUCGGAUGAGCUGAAGUUCGUAUACCAUGAAAAUGGACAACAGUUUGUCCAGGUCCUGCCGACUUUUUCUGCUCUGUUUUCACUUGGAUCUCUGACCAAAGGUCUGAACUUGCCAAGUUUUCAAUAUGAUCCUCGCCUCCUGUUACAUGGACAGCAAUACAUAGAAAUAUACAAGCCGUUUCCUUCCAGUGCUUCUUUAAUAAACAAAGUUGGUCUGGCUGGAUUGCAGGACAAAGGUAAAGCAGCGAUUCUUGAGGUGGAAACCAAAAGCUACAAUGAAGAAUCUGGUGAAUUGUUGUGCAUGAAUAGGACAACUGCGUUUUUGCGAGGUGCUGGUGGAUUCUCGAAUUCAUCACAACCGUUUUCUUAUAAAAACUAUCCAAGUAACCAGGUUUCGACUGUGAAAAUCCCCAAGAGUCAGCCUUUUGCUGUGCACGAGGAACGUACCCAACCAUCACAGGCAUUGCUAUAUAGGCUCUCUGGUGAUUAUAAUCCCUUGCAUUCAGAUCCAGAACUUGCAAAACUUGCCGGAUUCCAACGCCCGAUAUUACACGGGUUAUGCACACUCGGCUUUGCAGUCAGGGCAGUCAUCAAAUGCAUUUGCAAGGGCGAUGCAUUCGCCCUCAAAACCAUAUCCGGCAGGUUCCUCUUGCACGUUUUCCCUGGCGAAACUCUUAUCACUGAAAUGUGGCUCGACGGGUUGAGGGUUAUAUUUCAGACAAAAGUGAAGGAAAGAGACCGUGCGGUGUUGUCUGGUUACGUAGAUAUUCGUGGUUUAGCUUCAUCACUAUAAGAUAUAUCUUGUGUGUUGGCUAUUUACAAUAUGAGAAUAUCAAACUGGAUUUACAAAAUAAUAAUAAGGACAUCUCUUAAUGUUCUUAUUGUAUACAGAAUCAGUAAAACUUUGGAUAUCGAACUCAUUUUGCGUUUGCGUUUGCGUUU